UUAAUGCAUAGAAAUAUCCGUAAAAGACCAAAAAAUUCAUUUGGUUUGUACUCAGCUGCAAUUGAAACCCAUUGUGUAUUGUUAGUGUUUUGGAAAUUGGUAUCUCUACCCGUUCGGGUUGUUUUCGUACUCUGGUCACAACCGUUAUUUGCGAGUUCUGUACGUUUUUGGUUUGUAGUUAGCAUUUAGUUUCAUUUGGUUCAGCAACAUAUAAAUUUUACUAUGGCAGCUAAAAACGAAAUUUGGAUGUAUUUCGAAAACAACGCAGACAUGGGUUUAGCUACGUGUAAAACGUGCAAAAACAAGCUUAGGAAUAAUCGAGUGUCUAAUUUAAAAGCGCAUUUAAUUAAAUUGCACAAAAUUAAUUUGAAUGAAGCAAGUAAUGAACAGUUUGAACCACCGGAGUCGUCAAUUUCAUCUAAAAGUGCUGGUAAAAUAAUUCGAAAAAAGAAAAUUAAAAUUGAGGUGAAUAAAAAACAAUUGAUAAGGUCAUAUAUCGGAUUGGUAACGGAGGACUGCAUUCCGUUCAAUAUUUUGAAUUCACCAAACAUAAGAAAUUUCAUAGAUUCGUUUUGCGAUGGCCUUAGAGUGUCGGACGGAAAAAAAAUUACGCUGAAUGCAUCAAACUGCAAAAAAACAUUGUUUAUGGUUGCGAAUAACAUAAAAUUGGAAAUCACCAAUGAAGUGAAAAACAAACUGUUAUCAUUGAAAAUAGACAGUGCUACAAGGCUGUCCAGAAAUAUAUUUGGUGUAAGUGCUCAAUUUAUUAGUGCGGUACGAAUUAAAUCUAUUAUUUUGGGAAUGAUAGAAUUGAAAGGAGCUGGAUCAAGCACAGCCAAAAAUCUUGCCAUUGAAGUGUUGAAUGUGCUAAAGCGAUACAACAUUAAUUUAACCCAAAUCGUCUCAAUAACAUCUGAUAACGGUGCAAACAUGCUGAGAGCGACAAACAUUUUAUCAUUUAUUUCUGAAGAGGAUGCUGAAGAAAACGACGAAUUCUGCACUAACGAUGAAUAUUUAAAAAAAAUUGAACUUGUAGAAAAAGUGCCAAACGUGCUAAUAGGAAAUAUACAAGUUUGCCGAUGUGCAGCACAUACAACCCAGCUGGUCGCUCUUGACGUUGCAAAAUCGUCUGGCAUGCUGAAAUACCUAUGGAAUUGUCGUAAUCUUACAAAAUACAUCAGAAAAACGUCAAAUGGCUAUCGCGAAAUAUUUCAGUUAAAAGGAUUGAAAAUGCCCCAACUAGAUUGCCCUACGAGAUGGGGAUCCACGUAUACUAUGUUGCAGGAUUUAUUAGCAGCAAAGCAUAUGUUAACUAAAAUCGAAUCUAUUAAAAAUAAAUCUGAGGAUGAAAACUUCGAAGUGGAUACGUUGUUUUGGGAUUUCAUUGAAUGUUAUUGCACAGUUUCCCAUCCCUUGCAAAAAACUAUAACAAAGUUUCAAGAGGAGCAAUUACACUACGGAAACUUUUACGCACAGUGGCUUAAACUAAAAAUAAGCACCGAAAAAAUCGUAAGCGAUUCAAGUCAGGAGCUAAUAACAACAAUUGGGAACAUGAUUUUAAAAUCAAUAGAAACACGAACAAUAACGUUAUUUAAUAAUAAAUUUUUAAUUUCGUGCUUGUUUCUGGACCCUCGCUUUCAACAUACUUUAACUGCACAGCAAAAAACCGAAGCUACUCUUCAUUUAAAAACAAUUUGGGACAGAAUCCAUGAAAAUAAUCCUAUUGGACCCUUAUACUCCGCGCCAACUUCUGCUUCCACACCGGCCGGCAACUUUUUUGAUGAAGAAGAUGAACUCAUGUAUCAAUAUUUAGUACAAGGAACCCAAGCCGAAAUCAACAAUACGUUCGACGCGUAUGCACGAAUUGAGCAUCUCCAACUGCCUUUCCAAAGAAUUGACGAUGUGCUAAAAUUUUGGAAGGCAAAGCAGUACACUGACCCAGAAUUGUACGAAUUAAGUAAUGUUUGUUUUGCAGUCCCGCCAACUCAGGUCACAAUUGAGCGAGCAUUUUCAACACUAAGGCUGGUUCUUACUGAUUACCGUAAUCAGCUUAGUCAGGAGACACUCGAAAAUAUUUUGUUGGUAAAACUGAACCCAAGCUAUCUUGACACAGCUAUAGAAACUUUACCUCUCUUCGAAGAUACACCAGAUGAAUAAUAUCUAGUCGUAAUUUUCUUAUUUUUUAUGUUAUAAUUAGCAAUGAAUUCAAUGAAGACUGUAUUUUUCUUUUAUUUUUGAUUUAAAUUUUUCAAUAUGAAAUAAAUAAUAAGUAAUAUA